AUGGGAGCACCCAUUCCACCCCGUGCACAACGGCGAGUAGCGUCUGUGCAACCGACCCCGGAGGCUUGGGAUGACGAGGAUGAUGAAGAAGAGGACCAGCAGGCGCUAUGGGAAAAUGCGAAUAACAAGGCACCCAUGCCCGAACUCGUGAUUUCUGCCUCGAGCACCACCAGCGUCGUCUCUCCGCCUCCUGCUGCCAUUCAGCCAACACUGCGCAUUCUUAAACGCCCAACAAACUCCCAAUUGCCCUCAUCCUCAGCACCAGGCUCUGAGACAAUGAAGUCGUAUGCAGAGCGCGAAGCCGAGUACCAGGCUGCACGACAGCGUAUUUUUCAAGAGAGCACACUGAAUGGCAGGUCUGUGAACAAUGCCGCGCGGGUACCCAGCGCCAACUCAAGAGAAGGAAGUUCCGCUUCAUCUCCGUCCAGUGGUCGAGACUCCUCUAGUGCUUCUUCCGUGAAGAUCAUUCGCGAUCCACAUGGACCAAGUUCAUUGCCAGGCGCGGGAUCCCAACCCCGCUCACCUGGCUCUCAGCAGCCGAGAGGAUUCUCGGCUCGCCGGAAUCCGAAAGGUUCUCAGAGCAAGGCGGGAUCUGGAGAUAGAGCUGCGUAG